CCUGUUCGAUUUCCCUCCACAGAGCAAAUAAGUCGGCGAAGAAAGGCGGUGCACCAUGGCGGGAGCCUCUGUCAAGGUGGCGGUCCGUGUCCGGCCUUUCAACUCCAGAGAGAUGAGCAAAGAGAGCAAAUGCAUCAUCCAGAUGUCAGGAAAUACUACCACCAUUAUUAACCCCAAGCAGACCAAAGACAACAAGAGCUUCAACUUUGAUUACUCCUACUGGUCACACACUUCGCCCGAGGAUGUGAACUACGCAUCUCAAAUGCUCGUCUACAAAGACAUCGGCGAGGAAAUGCUGCUGCACGCCUUUGAGGGUUAUAACGUCUGCAUCUUUGCAUACGGACAGACAGGCGCCGGCAAGUCGUACACUAUGAUGGGAAAGCAAGACGUCAAAGAUCAACAGGGCAUUAUCCCGCUGCUGUGUGAAGAUCUCUUUACCAAAAUCAGCGACAACACAGACAACAGUAUGUCCUACUCCGUGGAGGUGAGCUACAUGGAAAUCUACUGCGAGCGUGUGCGUGACCUGCUCAACCCCAAGAACAAAGGCAACCUGCGGGUGCGAGAGCAUCCACUGAUGGGCCCCUAUGUGGAGGACCUGUCCAAGUUGGCUGUCACCUCCUAUAAUGACAUCCAGGAUCUGAUGGACUCUGGCAACAAAGCCAGGACGGUGGCUGCUACCAACAUGAACGAGACCAGCAGUCGCUCACACGCCGUUUUUAACAUCAUUUUCACUCAGAAACGCCACGACGUCGACACCGACAACACCUCUGAGAAGGUGAGUAAAAUCAGUUUGGUGGAUUUGGCCGGCAGCGAGAGAGCUGAUUCCACUGGAGCCAAAGGGACCAGGCUGAAGGAAGGAGCCAACAUCAACAAAUCCCUAACCACACUGGGAAAAGUCAUCUCCGCUUUGGCGGAAGUGGACUCUGGACCAAACAAGAACAAAAAGAAGAAGAAAGUGGAAAGUUUCAUUCCUUAUCGCGAUUCAGUUCUGACUUGGCUACUCCGAGAAAAUCUUGGCGGGAAUUCACGCACAGCUAUGGUGGCUGCGCUGAGCCCGGCGGAUAUUAACUAUGAUGAGACACUCAGCACACUCAGGUAUGCCGACCGCGCCAAGCAAAUCCGCUGCAACGCAGUCAUCAAUGAGGAUCCUAACAACCGGCUGGUGCGUGAGCUAAAAGAGGAGGUGUCUCGCCUGAAAGACCUGCUUUUUGCCCAAGGCCUGGGUGACAUCAUCGAGACAUUUCGAGGCUCUGCUGCUGAGAUCGAGGGUUUGAAACUGACUAACGCCAUGACGGGCAUGAGUCCUUCGCCGUCACUGUCAGCCCUUUCCAGCCGCGCUGGCUCCAUCGCCAGCCUGCACGACCGCAUCAUGUUCAGCCCGGCGAAUGAGGAGGCCAUUGAACGCCUGAAGGAAACUGAGAAAAUCAUCGCAGAGCUCAAUGAGACAUGGGAAGAGAAACUUCGUCGGACUGAAGCCAUUCGAAUGGAACGAGAGGCCCUGCUGGCAGAAAUGGGUGUGGCCAUGCGCGAAGACGGCGGCACAGUUGGCGUUUUCUCCCCCAAGAAGACGCCUCAUCUGGUGAACCUGAAUGAGGACCCGCUCAUGUCCGAGUGCCUGCUCUACUACAUCAAGGAUGGAAUCACCAGGGUGGGCCGUGUGGAUGCCGCAAGCCGCCAGGACAUCGUACUUAGCGGCCACUUCAUUAAGGAUGAGCACUGCACUUUCACCAGCUCCUCCGGACCACAGGGAGAAAUAGCCGUCGUCCUGGAGCCCUGCGAAGGAGCUGAGACCUACGUCAACGGCAAGAGAGUAACAGAGGCCACAGUCCUCAAAUCAGGCAAUCGUAUCAUUUUGGGCAAGAGCCACGUGUUCCGCUUCAACCACCCCGUGCAGGCGCGGGCUGAGAGGGAGAGGACCCCAUGUGCCGAGACCCCCGCGGAGCCCGUGGAUUGGGCCUUUGCCCAGAGAGAGCUUCUGGAGAAGCAAGGCAUUGACAUGAAGCAAGAAAUGGAACAGAGGCUGCAAGAGUUGGAAGAUCAAUAUCGCAAAGAAAGAGAGGAGGCCAACAACUUGCUGGAGCAACAACGACUGGAUUAUGAGAGCAAGCUGGAGGCUCUUCAGAAGCAGGUGGAUCUUUAUUACCCAGAGGCUCCUGAGGAAGAGGAGGAACCAGAAGAAGAAGUUCAGUGGAGCGAGCAUGAAAGAGAGCUAGCCGAGAGGAGCUUUCGCAGGUGGCGGUGCUACCAGUUCACCUCACUACGGGACCUCCUUUGGGGCAACGCCAUUUUCCUCAAGGAGGCCAAUGCCAUCAGUGUUGAGCUUAAGAAGAAGGUUCAGUUCCAGUUUGUGCUGUUGACCGACACCCUCUAUUCGCCGCUCCCACCCGACCUGCUUCCGCCUGAGGCCGGAAAAGAGCGUGAGAGGCGAAUCUUUCCGCAAACGAUUGUGGCCGUGGAGGUGCAGGAUCAGAAGAAUGGAGCCACUCAUUAUUGGACACUGGAAAAACUCAGGCAAAGACUUGAUCUCAUGCGAGAGAUGUACGACCGUGCUGCUGAGCUUCCUCCUACCAUUGCCCUUGCCUCUUCAACGGGUACAAAUCCCACCACAGAUGACGGUGAAGGUGCCAUGACGGGCGGCGAUCCUUUUUACGACCGCUUCCCAUGGUUCAGAUUGGUGGGCAGAAACCCUCUUUUCAACGCAUGCAUGAGCGAGCGCAUGAGCGACCCCACUCCGUCCCCCACCCUCUCCGCCUCCGAGACCACCGACUCCCCUCAGCGGGAGGCUCGCGGCGGCGGCGAGGACGACGAGUCGGAGUAUCUGGACGAUGAUAUCUUUUUGGAUGAGCCAAGUUCGGAGCUGGUGGGAGAGGAGGAGGAGGAGGAUGAUGAGGAGGAGGUGGAGGAGGAGCGAGAGCUGUGCCGAAGCUCCAGCGAAGGCCAGGAUCCCUUUUACGACCGCUCGCCAUUAUUCAGUAUAGUGGGAAGGUCAUUUGUAUACUUAAGCAACCUGCUCUACCCCGUUCCCCUGGUGCAUCGUGUGGCCGUCGUAAGCGAGAAGGGCGACGUUAAGGGCUUCCUGCGUGUGGCAGUGCAGGCCAUAUCGCCCGAUGAGGAAGCACCCGACUACGGAUCAGGGGUGCGACAGUCAGGCACUGCCAAAAUCUCUUUUGAAGAUCAACAAUAUGAAAAGUUUCAGUCUGAGUCUUGCCCAGUGGGCCUGUCACGCACUGGAAUCUCCCAGGAGGAACUUCGCAUUGUGGAGGGCGAGGGGCAGAGCGCAGAGACGGGGCCCUCGGCGGAUGAGGUCAACAAUAACACAUCUGGCAGUAACGAAGACGACUUGGCAGCAAAGUCGGGACUGGAUGGGCAAGUGGAUGUGACGGUGGAGCAUCUGAAGAUCGGGAAUGUUUUCACCUUUCGUGUGACCGUGCUGCAAGCAUCCAACAUUUCCGCUGAGUACGCUGACAUCUUCUGCCAGUUCAAUUUCAUCCACCGGCAUGACGAAGCCUUCUCCACAGAACCCUUGAAGAACACGCCCCAUGGACCGCCACUGGGCUUUUACCACGUGCAGAAUAUCGCCGUCGAAGUAACUAAAUCUUUUGUGGACUACAUCAGCACUCAACCGAUUGUGUUUGAGGUGUUUGGACACUACCAGAAACAAAAUUUUCUUCCUCUAUGUAAAGAUAUCAUCAGUCCACUGCGGCCCUGCAGGAGACAGUUCCCCCGUGUGAUGCCUUUGUCCAAACCAGUGCCGGCCACCAAGCUGACUGCGAUGGCGCGCCCGCAGGUAGGACCGUGCCACUGCAAGUACGACCUGAUGGUUUUCUUUGAGAUCUGUGAGCUGGAAGCCAAUGGAGACUACCUUCCUGCUGUGGUGGACCACAGAGGAGGAAUGCCUUGUCACGGCACCUUCCUCCUGCACCAGGGCCUCCAGAGGAGAAUCACCGUCACCAUCGUUCACGAGUCUGGCGGCGACAUCGAUUGGAGGGACGUGCGUGAGCUUGUUGUCGGACGUCUCCGCAACACUCUGGAAUCUGACGAGAGCAUCGUGGACCCCAACAUUCUGUCCCUUAACAUCUUGUCCGCCGGCUACGUCAGGCCCUUGCACGAUGACAGACAGUUUCUUGAUUCAGACAUGCCUAGCAUCUCCCGUCGGGGACUUGAUCCGAGGACGUUCUACCGCUUCGAGGCGGCGUGGGACAGCUCCAUGCACAACUCUCUGCUCCUCAACCGAGUCACGCCCCACGGCGAGAAGAUCUACAUGACGCUCUCGGCGUACUUAGAGCUGGAGAAAUGCACGCAGCCGGCGGUGGUGACCAAAGACGUGUGCAUGGUCUUCUACUCUCGCGACGCCAAACUAUCCGCCUCGCGCUCCAUUCGCAAUCUUUUCGGCACCGGGAGCCUGAGAGUGGCUGAUGGAAAUCGUGUGACGGGCGUGUACGAGUUGAGCCUGUGCAACCUGGCGGAUGCGGGAAGUCCGGGCAUGCAGCGGCGCAGGCGGCGAGUGCUCGACACGUCAGUAGCGUACGUCCGCGGCGAAGAGAACCUGGCCGGGUGGAGGCCUCGCAGCGACAGCCUCAUCCUAGAGCACCAGUGGGAGCUCGACAAGCUCAGCUUGCUUCAGGAUGUGGAGAAGACCAAACAUUUCCUGUUGCUGCGGGAGAAGCUUGAGUCCACCCUACUGCUGGCGGGUCGGGGGGCUCAGCAGCCAGCGGAGGAGGAUCCCGAAGACCCGGAAGUCUGCACGGCAUCAGACAUCACCACCGACAGGCAACGGGAGCUCGCCACCAAGUGUCUGCGGCUGCUCACUCACUCUUUCGACAGAGAGUACACUCACGUUUGCGUCAGCGCCAGUGAAAGCAAGAUCUCGCAGAUGUCUGUCACCACGCUGAGAGACUCGGCCUCCAUCUCCACCCUCAACACCAUCACGCCCUCGUCCACCUGCCCUUCCCUGGUGGAGGGUUGCUACGGCAACACAGAUCUCAGACCUCCUGCUCCUCGCUCCCGUGCCGUCAGUCCGAGUCCCGACGCGCAGCCGGAUGCCGAUGCCAAAAAGUGCGCGAGCGCAAGCUCAGAAGGGAAACCUCGCAUCCGUAGAUUCGUUCCCGAUAUCCAAGAGAUCCGAGUCAGCCCCAUUGUGUCCAAAAAGGGUUACCUGCACUUCCUGGAGCCGCACACCAACGGCUGGGUGAAGCGCUACGUGGUGGUGCGCCGGCCGUACGUCUACAUCUACAACACGGAGCGUGAUGCCAUAGAACGAGCCAUUCUCAACCUGUCCUCGGCGCAGGUGGAGUACAGCGAAGACCAGCAGGCCAUGCUCAAGACCCCCAACACGUUUGCCGUGUGCACGGAGCACCGUGGAAUAUUGCUUCAAGCCACAAGUGACAAAGAUAUGCACGACUGGCUCUAUGCCUUCAAUCCUCUCCUGGCAGGGACUAUUAGAUCCAAGUUGUCCAGAAGACGAGUGGGACAGAUGAGGAUGUAAUGGAAAAGACUUGAGAUGUAUAUAGACUACCGACCCCUCUCCCUUUCCACCUCGCCGGCGCCAUCUUCCUUCCCCCAGUUAGCGUUACUCUAUGCCAUCUUGUGUCAGGAUUUUUCUAAUCAGUCCGGUAAUCAGAUUCCAAACUUGUGUGGUGAUGUCAUGUAGUCGUGUCAGUGGCGCAUCCGAUCUUAUACAUACAACACAUUACCUACUGUACGUGUGUGCAUACGCAUGUGCGUGGACAUGCAGCAAGAAAGAAAAUCUGAGUUUGGGCAAAAGUAUUGGGACAUUGGCCAAGUCAAAACUGGAACUGGGACAAAAAGUACUAAGAAACCCAAGAAAGAAGACAAUUUGAGGUUUGCAAAAGUAUUGGGGUUUGAACAAAGGUAUGGUGAUGACCAUGAAGUACAGUCACAAAAAUUAUUGGGAUACCCAGGUUAGAAAAAUUGGCAAAUGUAUUGGGAUAUCUGCCAGAUGCGUAAGUUAAAGCAGUUUGGACAGAAGCACUGGGACACCAAUAGAAAUGAAAACUGUUUGAAAAUGUUGACAAAAUAUUGCAACAUUAGCAAAAGUGUGUUGGAAUUUGUCUUGGUUUGGCAAUUUUUUUGUUUUCCAUCUAACCAAAUUUUUAUGAACUGAAAAUGACCUUCCUCCAACACAUAACGAUGAACAAGUAUGUCCUAAUACUUUUGUCUCUCUAAAAAUGCACCUCUUGAACAGCUAUCUUUUUUUGUUGUUGUUGUCAUUUCUCCGACAAAGUUUCUCACACGCUGCCUUCCAUGUUUGCACAUCUGCACUCGCGUAACACAACAGCGACGCCACGUUCAUCCUCACAUUUUGAAACUUCCGCUAUCGCUUUAUUUAUUUUUGUAUUUAUUUCCAUGUGCAUGUAUGUAUUCAUGGACACAGACGUUUACAGUGUAUUUGUAAAGUGGUGCAAUGUGUGCACACGGCACUUUGUAAGACGCUCCCUCCCACGAUGUUGUUUUGAAAAGAAGAACGCAAACACACUUUACUUGAAUGAAUCCCCUCCACUCCUUUAAGUUGUCAGGCCAGUAGGAAGUAAUAUGACACCCUAAAUAGAUAUACUCUAUAAAGUGCAUAUAGAUGACAUCGUGCCUCACGGUUGCGUUCUAUCGGACAACCUUCACGCUGCUAUUUGUGCUCUUCAUCCCGAAAUCAUCAUUAUUAUGUAUUAUCAUCUACACAAUGUCUCCACUUUAACCCUUUCAGGGACAGCGGUUACGACAGUGGACAGUUUAUCAUGUUAUCAGGUUAAAGGUUAUCAUGAUUGGUGCAUGUAACAGGUUCUGCUGUACUUUACUUCGCUGACACAAGUGAUCCCAGCCUAAUUCAAACCUGAAAUGUAAGAUUUUUUUUUCUAUUUUUCACUUCCCGGGUGAUGUGAGUUGUGCGUCAGGUCAGCCAACCUGAGUGCACGCUUACAAAAAAAGAAAUCCUUUUCAUUCUCACAAAAUUGUCUCAGAAUUUUUACACAAAAUGCGUGUCACAUAGGCUCCAACCAAAGUUGUUGUAGUCAUUCAACACUGAAUGUACAAACCACAUUUUUAAACUCCUACCACUCCUUAAGUGCUUGUGUGUGCGUGUGCUCCCAUUUGACCUCACGCACUUCAAGACGUGUACUACUGUGUGUUGAUGUGUGUGCGGCACCACUGUUGUUUAUUAAAACACGCGACCCUUGACCGUCAUUUUCUAUCACCUUCGGCUUUGAAUGGGAAAAGGCCAUUUUUGUGCUUCCACAUUUCUUUUUUCCCGCUUUCUCGAAAAAACAACGACAUCGCAUUGUAUAUAAUGAACAUGAUUGCUGUGAACGGUGUGUAUCAAACAUUAGGGGGCCGAGCUCUUACUGUCAAUGGGCUAUUGGAAUUCAUUCAGUGUCUUUUUUCCGAGUGUCGGAGUAAAGCGUCCAAAUAUUUGUGCGUGUGUGUUUGCACCGAAACACAUCAUAUAUGGAAUAAAAAUAAAAUGACAAUGAUGCAA